AUGGAGAAGCUGCUUGUUGAUAAAGUGAUUACAUUGAAGAAUCUGAGAGAAAGAGGAAAUCGUCAUCUGGGUCUUGCCGAAGACAAGGAGCUUGUGGUGGACCCGAAACCUUUUUUGAAAGAGAAGAACACUUCACUCAAACUGAAUCUCUUCGAAGACCCUUGCACUGGAAUGAGGCUUUCUGACCAGUUUUGCUCGACGAUUAAACUCAACAUUGACCGCGCCCAAGCAGAUCUUACCAAAGAAAAGAAGAAAAAUAUCUUCGCGAAAAAUCGUUGGAAUGUUGGCAAACCUGUUAAAAUCGUCAUUCCAAGUCGUAAAAAGAAGAAACAAAAACCGGAGGAUUCUGAUAGUGAGUACGAAGAUUGUGGGGAGAAAACCUUAUGCGAAGCGGUACCAAUCAAAGACCGAGGAUCAAUUAUUGCCCUGGGAAAAGAUGGAGAAAUUCACCGCUUUCCAAAUAUGAUAUUACCCGGCGAGAAUGGAUACGAACUCUUACAGUUUCAUGAUUAA